CAGAGCAAAGUUCAUCGACCACAGCUGACUUUCUGGCCAAUCUUCGGCCAGAAGGCGGGGGAUGGAAAGUGUGCAAGAUGAUACAUAUGUUCUCCAGAGCCUCCCGGAGCAGUCCAGCUCCGGCAGAAGGGAGGCGAGCGUUGCACGGAGACGGGGGGCAACCGCGCGCACACUCGGGCAACGACGAUGGUCUCGGUUCAAUCGCCGUCUCUGGCGCACAUGUCGCGCGCGCAGGUUGCGCUGGUCGCGUGCGGGGUGAGCGUCGCCCUGCUGGCCGCGCUGCUCCUCCGGCAGCUCGUCAAGCAGAGGAGACCCCCGGGAUUCCCCCCCGGGCCUUCCCCAAUACCUGUCAUCGGGAACAUCAUGUCUCUGGUCACCGAGCCGCACGUUUUCCUCAAGAAGCAGAGUGAAGUUCACGGACAGAUUUUCAGCCUAGACCUCGGAGGCAUCCUGACUGUGGUGUUGAACGGCUACGACUGCGUCAGGGAAUGCCUGUACCACCAGAGCGAGGUGUUUGCCGACCGGCCGUCCUUGCCCCUCUUCAUGAAAAUGACCAAAAUGGGCGGUCUUCUAAAUUGCAAAUACGGCAAAAGCUGGAUCGAACACCGCAAACUGGCGUGCAACUCGUUCAGGUACUUCGGCGGCAGUCAAAGGCACUUCGAAAGGAAAAUCUCGGAGGAGUGCAUGUUCUUCGUGGACGCCAUCGACGAGCACAAGGGCAGGGCCUUCAACCCCAAACACCUGGUGACCAACGCCGUGUCCAACAUCACCAACCUGAUCAUCUUCGGCCAGCGUUUCACCUACGACGACGGCAACUUCCAGCGCAUGAUCGAGAUCUUCAGCGAGAACGUGGAGUUGGCGGUGAGCAGCUGGGCCUUCCUCUACAACGCCUUCCCCUGGAUCGAGUACGUGCCCUUCGGGAAGCACCAGAAGCUGUUCCGCAACGCCGCCGAGGUCUACGACUUCCUCCUGCAGGUCAUCAAGGGCUUUUCCCGGGGCCGUGUGCCGCACGUACCGCGGCAUUACGUCGACGCCUACCUGGAUGAGUUGGAGCAGAACGCGGGGAACCCCGGCUCGUCGUUCUCCCACGAGAACCUCAUCUACUCGGUGGGGGAGCUCAUCAUCGCGGGCACAGAGACCACCACCAACACCCUGCGGUGGGCCAUGCUCUACAUGGCCCUCUACCCCAAUAUACAAGAAAGGGUGCACAGGGAGAUCGACAGCGUUCUGGAAAACGGCCGAGCGCCUUCUUUGGAGGACAAACAGAAGAUGCCCUUCGCGGAGGCCGUCCUCCACGAGGUCCUGCGCUUCUGCAACAUCGUGCCCCUCGGCAUUUUCCGCGCCACCUCCCAGGAGGCGCACGUCAACGGCUACACCAUUCCGAAAGGCACGAUGGUGAUCACCAACCUGUAUUCAGUGCACUUCGAUGAGAAGUACUGGACGGAUCCAGGCGUGUUCUCGCCGCAGAGGUUUCUGGACGCCAAUGGUAACUUCGUGAGACGUGAAGCCUUCCUGCCAUUCUCACUCGGGAGGCGCCACUGCCUGGGCGAGCAGCUGGCCAGGAUGGAGAUGUUUCUCUUUUUCACAACUCUGCUCCAGAGGUUCCACCUUCAGUUCGCGCCGGGAAGCGUUCCCACCGUCGCGCCCAAACUGGGCAUGACCUUGCAGCCCAAGCCUUACUCCAUCUGCGCCCUGCGCAGGCAGCACAAAAACACUCCUUAAAAACGAGUAGCCGAUCACCGCGACGCUGUAAGUUCCCGUCCAACUCGAUCCGUACUCGGGCACGGCGACCGACUCCGCAACAGCCGAGAUUCUU